UUCGAUGACAGUUCAGUGCGCCCAAGGUGUGUAAAGGGCAUGUGCCCACACACGAAUUUUGUAUUUAUGAGCACACAUUCAUUUGUUUACUUUAAUUGCGGGCAGCUUCAAAGCACCAAUUGGACGAAAAUACCCCCGCAAUGAGAUACGGACAGCUCGUGAUGGGGCCAGCCGGAAGUGGCAAGUCCACCUACUGUGCGACGAUGCAACGGCAUGGCUUUGACGAUAAGCGCAUGAUAAAAGUAGUCAAUUUAGACCCUGCCGCAGAACAUUUUGAAUACCAGCCCUACCUGGACAUUCGGGAUCUGAUCCAGCUGGACGAUGCUAUGGAGGACGAAGAGCUGCGUUACGGGCCCAAUGGCGGAUUGAUCUUCUGCAUCGAAUACCUGAUCGAACAUUCCGAUUGGCUCCGAGAUCAGCUGUGCGGUGUCGGUUCCGAUGAUGAGGAUGAUGCACCGGGCACGGAGGAACCGGAUGACGACUAUGUGCUGUUCGAUAUGCCUGGCCAGAUCGAGCUGUACACGCAUCUGAAAGCGGGCCACACAUUGGCGCGGUUGCUGGAAUCGUGGAACUUUCGCCUUUGCUCGGUAUUCCUGGUGGACUCACAGUUUAUGAUCGAUGGGGCAAAAUUUCUGUCCGGCACGAUGGCCGCAUUAAGUGUAAUGGCUAACAUGGAAUUACCGCACGUGAAUGUCCUGAGUAAGAUGGAUCUGCUAAGCAAGGGACACCGCGGACAGAUGGACAAAUAUCUCGAUCCAGAUGCGCACGCACUGCUCGGGGAGGUAACAAGCGAGUCGGCCUGGGGGCGCAAAUACCGCAAACUGUCGGAAACGAUUGGUAUGCUGAUUGAGGACUUCAGCUUGGUACGCUUCACUCCGCUUAACAUCAACGACGAGGAAAACGUGGCAGAUUUGUUACUCAUGAUUGAUAAUGUAAUUCAGUAUGGCGAGGAUGCGGAUGUGAAGGUGCGCGAUUUCGAUCCACCAGACGCGGACGAAGCGGAGGAUGACAGCCGACACUAUCGGGACGAUUAAGCAGAUGCCUUGAGUUUUUGAGUUCGUGCUAAAUUACGUUUAUAUUCUCCUUGCAGUUCAAUAAAUUUAACGAUAUAUAGGUUUA